GUUUGUUGUAUGGAAUAGAAGUUGAAUUUCAUCCAUUGUCCCUUGUUCAUUUAUCCUUCUCCUUUUACCUCUGUCGUCUUCAUUUUCUUUUUCUCUUCCUAACCCUGUCCAAUUUCGUCUGCAUUAACCUGGAAUUUUCAUAGUAAGGCUUCAUAAAAGUGUAGAAAAUCGAAAGACAAAGAGAACCAAUCGAAAAAUCUGGACUUCUUUUAAUCAUCUAUUUUGUGAAAGAAAAAAAAAAUGAUGUGGGACGAGUGUUGCGAUUGUGAAAGUCGGCAAGACGAGGAAAAUUCCGAUGAGAACUCUCAUGUUAAAUUCGAUUUUCUUUCAAUGGUAUCAAAACCUAAGGAUUAUUACAAGAUAUUAGAGGUAGAUUAUGAUGCUUCGGAUGAAGUUAUUCGUUCGAAUUACAUUCGUCUUGCUUUGAAAUGGCAUCCUGAUAAACAGAAGAAUGAAGAUGAUGCUACUUCAAAGUUUCAAGAAAUAAGUGAAGCUUAUCAGGUAUUGAGUGAUCCUGUGAAACGGCAUGAAUAUGACAAGAAAGGGAUGCUUUAUUCAUAUGAUGGCAAUAUAGCGGAGUAUCUCAAUCGCUACAAGAGCCUCAUCCUAACAUGCAAUGGCCUCGGCAUGAAAUGCUCUAUAUGGUGACAUGUCUUUUCUAAAUGGAUAAGGUACAUUUUUGGUAGCCUUCUUUGGAUAUGCAGCCGGUGUUAUUUUGUUCAUUUGAGCUUUGCGGUAUCUGAAACUUUUGGCAGAUGGUAUUUUAGGCCAUGUAGAAGGGGGCUAAAGCUGAGAGGCGUUUUUUUGUGCUUCGUUUGGUUGUACAUUUGUGAUCACCAAAUUUGGAGACUUUUUGUUAUUUAUAUGAUACAUGGCUUGAGGCCCUUUCUACCGUCCUUGCCCCCUUGUGUAAUUGACAACAUUAGGAAAAGCUUCGAACGAUCAUUGAUUCGCAAAAAUUGUUGUUUCAUUUUUAACAGGA